CAUUUCCCAUAUAAAGGUCUAGCUUGUUGACCGAGAUUUCAAAGGAGCCUUCAACCAGAAUAAUCAUGCAAGCUGUCACUUUGUUGAUUUCUGCCGGCCUCUACGUACUGCCACUCGGCAUUCUGUUCACUGUGGGAGACGCGAAACACGAGUUAAAACAUGACGUCGCAGACGCUUUCGAGGUAUAUGAGAAUUUCCCCUCUGUUGUGGCCAUUUUUGACCAAGACCUAGACGGGGACUUGGAUUGCGUGCAAUCUGUUCGGACAUACUUAGACCCAGAAGCCCACGAAGCGACGUAUGUCUGGAUCCUCAAAGGCCUCAACGGGAUGAAACCAGAGAACCUCACGUUUCACUUGAAGCCAGGCGCCACAGCCGACACGUCUGUAUUUACGAUGGACAAUGGUAAGUAUUAUGGCACUUAAUAUUUUUGGUGACCU